AUGUCACAUUCAACAGAAGAUAACGAAGAUAUACCUCAGUUCACUUGUCCUGAUUGGGCAUCAAUACCAGCGUACACAGCUUAUCUACAGGUGACAAAGAAUGGCGAGGAUAUCGGACGAUUUGACUUCAAUGUCCGUUAUCUAGUCUUUGGUAGAAGUAAUGAGUUCUCUCAGGUCUUACUCGAUCAUCCAUCAGUCUCUAGACGCCACGCUGCUCUUGUCUAUCAUGGCGCCAACGACAGGUUCUAUCUCAUUGAUCUACAGUCAGGCAAAGGUACCUUCCUCAAUGGUGAGAGAUUACAACCAAAUCAACCAAAGUCUGUCAAGGAUGGCAAUGUCUUUACGUUUGGAUCUUCAACUAGAGAGUUUGUUCUGAGAACUGCUGCUGAUGGCGGUAAUCAACAACAUCAACAACAACCACAGCAACAACGACAAGAUAAAACAAGAACAGUCUCAUGUAGACAUCUACUAGUUAAGCACCGUGAAUCAAGGAACCCAAAGUCGUGGCGAGAGGACAACAUCACACGCACAAAGGAGGCAGCAAUCCAACAGCUGAAUGAGUACCGCCAGCAAAUCCAGUCUGGUCAGGCCAAGUUUGAAGACUUGGCCAAGGUGUAUUCUGAUUGCAGCAGUGCUAAACGCGGUGGAAUGCUUGAUCCAUUCACCAGAGGUCAGAUGCAGAAACCAUUUGAAGAUGUAUCCUUUGGACUAGAGGUUGGACAACUUAGUGACAUUGUAAGCACAGAUUCUGGUGUGCACAUCAUUGAAAGAAUGGCCUAG